GACCGGACCCGUCGGUCGGGCUUUGAGUGGCUGGAAAUUCCCGUGGCCGACGGCUCCUCCCCCGCAGAAAUCCCCCGGCCGGGCGGUAAAUGCGCCGCGCCGCCGCCGCCGCCGCCCAUUCGCAGCGCCCCGCCAUGCUGAGCGCCCGCCGCCCCGCCGCGCCGCCGGCCCCCGGCGCCAUGGAGCGAGCCAAGAAGGACCGCCACGUCCCGCCCGACGACCGCCACGACAGCGGCCUCGACUCCAUGAAGGAGGAGGACUACCAGCAGCUAGUGAGGGAGCUGGAGGACAUCCGCCUGCAGCCCCGCGAGCCGCCCGCCUGGGCGCAGCAGCUCACGGAGGACGGCGACACUUUUCUUCACUUGUCGAUUAUUCAUGAGGAAAAAGCCCUGAGCCUGGAGGUGAUCCGACAGGCAGCUGGGGACCAUGCUUUUCUGAACUUCCAGAACAACCUCAGCCAGACUCCUCUUCACCUGGCAGUGAUUACCAAUCAACCCGAAAUUGCUGAACAUCUUCUGAAGGCUGGAUGUGACCUGGAAAUCAGGGACUUCCGAGGAAACACCCCUCUGCACAUUGCCUGCCAGCAAGGCUCUCUCAGGAGCGUCAGCGUCCUCACACAAUACUGCCAGCCACACCACCUCCUCGCUGUCCUUCAGGCAACCAACUACAACGGACAUACGUGUCUCCAUUUGGCAUCUAUUCAAGGAUACUUGGCUAUUGUUGAAUACUUGCUGUCUUUGGGAGCAGAUGUAAAUGCUCAGGAGCCGUGCAAUGGCAGAACGGCACUACAUUUGGCUGUUGACCUGCAGAAUUCAGACCUGGUGUCGCUUCUGGUGAAACAUGGGGCGGAUGUGAACAAAGUGACCUACCAGGGCUAUUCCCCCUAUCAGCUUACGUGGGGAAGAGACAAUUCCAGCAUACAGGAACAGCUGAAGCAGUUGACCACAGCUGACCUGCAGAUGUUGCCAGAAAGUGAAGAUGAGAGCAGUGAAUCGGAGCCUGAAUUCACAGAGGAUGAACUUAUAUAUGAUGACUGCCUUAUUGGAGGACGACAGCUGGCAUUUUAAAGCGGAGCUUUCUGUGAAAAGAAGUGACUGUGUUCAUAUGUAUAGAAAAAGGACUGACUUUCUUAAUUGAAAAAGGAAGUCACAAUGCAGAGGGAGAAAACGGGAGCGACAUACUGCACUGCCCGGCAAGGACCACGUUGCUGUAACAGGACGGUUCCAGAAUCUGUUGUGCGUUUAAAUACGGGAGUGAGACGUGUAAUAUCAGUACAGCUCUGUGAUUGUUCACACCAGCUGAUAAAGAGCCACAUAACGAAGUCUUCUCAACCCUGCGAAGGUAACAGACUACCUGUCCCACCUGCUAGCAAGGAGAGCUGUCUUGUGGCGUUAAGUACCGUUAAGUACCAGCUGUCUUGUGGCGUUAAGUACCAUCCUGUUAUGGCAAGGCAGGCUCAUACCAACACCCCCUCUUCUUGGAGACUGGGUGUUAGUUUGUGUUGGGCUGGUGGCACACCCUGGCCCUGCUGACCGACCUCAGCUGCUCUGGGUGGAGUGUCCAGGCGGAGUCCUUAAACCAAGGACUGCUGGCCUCCUGGCUGUUAGGAGGAAGUAGCAAUAAUGUUAACUGUGGGCAUUGGAAACUCUGUGUUUCACACCAUGUGUGUCAUAAUUGCUACACUUUUUAGCAAUUGUAUAUUGUGUAAAUGCUGUACAUUUUUUGUUUAUAAUUAUUUUGGUAUAUGUGAGAUGUGUAUUUAUUAAAAAAACAACAGAUUACUCU